AUGGCCCCUCAAUCUGAAGAGAAGAAGCGUCGUUUGCCCCGUGCGUGCGAUAUGUGCAAGAGAAAGAAAAUUCGAUGCGACAGCGACCAAAUGCCCGGCAAACGUUGCUCAAAUUGUGUUGCUUUCAACCUCCAGUGUACUCAUGUAGAAGCCAUGAACAGCUUGGGGAGUGCCAAAGGAUAUGUGCAGACGCUGGAAGGACGACUUGACAAAAUGGAAGACCUUUUCAAACGCAAGGCCCCCGGCGUCGACUUGGACGCACAGCUCAAGGAAGAGACAGAAGAAGGCUCCUCUGCCUUGCAGGUCAGGAGAGGUGAUCAGGAUCAAGAUAUCGCUCGUCUUAGCGAGGGUGUCAGCAGGAUGCUUUCCAUUCAUCCCGACAAGUCGUUUUUUGGAAUGUCUUGGUGCGUAACUUUUUCGAUCAUAGCAGUUCCACGUCUCAUUAUACUUUUGCACAGUGGUUUACACCUGCUGCCUUCUAUCAUACAGCGAAGACAGCAGUAUUUCGGAAGGGAGACAAUCACCUCAAACGAACUCCCCAUUCGACGCAGAGAACAGUUCUGGAACCGCCAGUCUAAAUAUCCCAUGCGGGUAAACGACACUGUGCCGGUAUAUGUCUUCCCGGAUCCUGAUCUCAUGCUGGCUCUUGUCACACUAUAUUUCACUCAUUAUAACUCCUACCUGCCGCUCCUACACCGCCCUACCUUUGAGAAGGCCAUGGCGGAUGGAGAGCAUUGGACCGACCACCUUUAUGCUGGAACUUUACUUCUCGUAUGCGCCCUCGGUGCACGACACUCAAACGAUCCAAGGAUAUUCUCUGCCCAACCAGGGGGAAGCGAAGCGGGCUGGAGAUUUUUCGAGCAGCUGACAUCGUUUCAGACAGCCUUGCAAGACCGCACCUCCGCCACUCUUUAUGAGCUACAAAUUCAUUGUCUCUCGGUGUUAUAUCUCGAGGCAGUUGGGCUCUGGGAAACCGUAUCGACUCAAAUUGGUCUAGCGAUACGGAUGGCUCAACAGGUUGGGGCACAUGUUCACAAGAACCGACCUCCCAAUGCUCAUGACGAAGCAUGGAAGCGCGUCUUCUGGGUAUUGAUAUUUCUGGACGUGUCUCAUGCCUGUCAUUAUGGCCGGCCUGUGGCGCUUCGCUAUGAAGACUUUGAUAUUGGGUUUCCUCUGGAGUGUGAUGACAUCUAUUGGAAUCAUCCGGAUCCAGCGAGGCGAUUUCGACAGCCGGCUGGUAGACCGUCUGCGUUGUCGGCCUUCGUCUGUCUUUUGAAGUUGGUCAAUACCAUCACCUACGUAAAGAGAAGUAUUUACCAUACCCGUAACCCGAUGAUUCUCAUGGGAGGGCAGCGACGUCCCCCAGAGACCGAAAUCCUGUCCAGUUUGGAUUCCUUUUUGAAUCAAUGGUUGCAAUCCGUACCGGAGCAUCUGCGAUGGAACCCGAACAACCAAGACGGUCUAUUCUUCAACCAAUCGGUAUUUUUGCAUAUCACGUAUCACUACACCAGAAUAUUGGUUCACAGACCAUAUCUCCCGGCCCCACAGUCGAUUGCCACUUGCAGGGAUGCCGCGUUGGCUACUCUUAAUAUUGUCGAGGCUCAGAGACGUAGGGGAUACUUACAAUUGAUGCAUCUAGUGUCAUGUGUCAAUUCGACGGUGCUCACCAUGUUGCUAAUUCUGUGGAAUGGUGCUGAGGACCCGUACAAGACCCGAGAAAUGCAGUAUAUUGCCACUUGCAUGAAUAUGUUGAAAGGGGUAGAAAAUCGAUUACCCAUGGCAGGAGCAUUCUGGGAUGUUAUAGCCGAUCUGGUCUCUCCAGAUGCAGCGCAAUCCUCCUCACGACGAUCCAGGCAAGGCUCCAGAGAUUCUGCAGGAUCUUCGCACUCUCAGCCAGCGUAUUUAUAUCCAAAUGUACGGGUCAGCUCCGACCAGCAAGGAUCGAGAGCUAGCCACCAGGCCUAUGCUUCUCAGUCCACUGAGUGA